GAUCGCGCGGGAGGCGCGCACUGUGGAGAUGGGCCCCGAGAUGCGCCUGACUCGCAUCUGCUGCUGCUGCUGCCUCCUCUACCAGCUGGGCUUCCUGUCGCAUGGCACCAUCUCAGGAUUACAGCUCAUACCCGACGUCGAAGAGUGGGAAGUCGUGUUUCCUGCACUCUGGCGCCGGGAGUCUCUGGACGCGGCGGGCGGCAGCGGGGGCAGCGCAGAUCCGGGCUGGGGGCGCGGCGCUGGGGGCGGCGGCCGGACGCAGGCUGCGGGCAGCUCGCGCGAAGUGCGCUCGGUGGCCCGGGCGCCGCUGGAAGAAGCCCCAGAUGGCCCGUCAGAGUCCUGGUUCGAGUCUACCCCGCAGCCAGGUGAUGCGGACGAGGAGGAACUCGAAUCUCAGGAGCUGCCUCGGGGAUCCAGUGGAGAUACCUCCCUGUCCUCGGGAGCCCCGGCCUCGUGGCAGUCGCCGUCGCCCCCGCAAUCCCCCUCGUCCCCACCCCCGGCCCAGCAAGCGGAACCCAGCACUGAGGAGGUGCUACUGAGAAUCCCGGCCCUCUCCAGAGACCUGUACCUGCUGCUCCGGAGAGAUGGCCGCUUCCUGGCGCAGCGCUUCGCGGUGGAGCAGUGGCCAAAUCCAGUUCCCGAUCCCACCCGGGCAGAGGCUGACCCUCGACCUCCCACGCCGCCAGAAUCCGCCUGCUUUUACACUGGGACGGUGCUGCACCAUCCUGGCUCUCUGGCCUCUUUCAGCACCUGUGGAGGUGGCCUGAUGGGCUUUAUACAACUCAACGAGGACUUCAUAUUCAUUGAGCCAUUCAAUGAUACAAUGGCCAUCCUAGGUCACCCACACCGUUUAUACAGGCAAAAAAGGUCCACAGAAGGAAAAGUCAGAGAGAAGCCAGCUCUUCACAACCAUCCCUGCGGUGUCAUUUCAGAUAAAGGAAGACAAAGGUCUAAAAAACCAGGAGAGAGCAGAAGAGAAAAACGGUAUUCAUACAAAUUGCCCCAAGAAUACAACAUCGAGACUGUAGUGGUUGCAGAUCCGGCAAUGGUUUCUUACCAUGGAGCAGAUGCAGCCAGGAGAUUCAUCCUAACCAUCUUAAAUAUGGUUUUUAACCUUUUCCAACACAAGAGUCUGGGCGUGCAAGUCAGCCUUCGUGUGAUAAAGCUUAUUCUACUCCAUGAAACACCAGCAGAUCUGUAUAUUGGGCAUCACGGGGAGAAAAUGCUGGAGAGUUUUUGUAAGUGGCAGCAUGAAGAAUUUGGCAGGAAGAACGAUAUACAUUUAGAGAUGUCGACAAGCUGGGGAGAAGACGUUGCUUCGGUGGAUGCAGCCAUCCUUAUAACAAGGAAAGAUUUCUGUGUCCAUAAGGAUGAGCCAUGUGAUACUGUAGGUAUAGCUUACUUGAAUGGAAUGUGUAGUGAAAAGAGAAAGUGUAUUAUUGCUGAAGACAAUGGCCUGAACCUUGCGUUUACAAUUGCUCAUGAAAUGGGUCACAACAUGGGCAUCAAUCAUGACAAUGACCACCCUUCAUGUGCUGAUGGUCUUCAUAUCAUGUCUGGUGAAUGGAUCAAAGGACAAAAUCUUGGUGAUGUUUCAUGGUCCAGGUGUAGCAAGGAAGAUUUGGAAAGAUUUCUCAGGUCAAAGGCCAGUAGUUGCUUGCUGCAGACAAGUCCACAGAGCCUCAGCUCUGUGCUGGUUCCCUCAAACCUGCCAGGAAUGGCGUACACUGCAGACGAACAGUGUCAAAUCCUCUUCGGUCCUUUGGCUUCAUUUUGUCAAGAGAUGCAGCAUGUUAUCUGCGCUGGUCUGUGGUGCAAAGUAGAAGGGGAAGCAGAGUGCAGGACCAAGCUUGACCCACCCAUGGAUGGAACUGACUGUGACCCUGGCAAGUGGUGUAAGGCUGGAGAAUGCACCCGCAGGACCCCUGCACCUGAGCCCUUGGCUGGAGAGUGGAGCACGUGGAGUUCCUGUAGCCGAAGCUGCAGUUCUGGGGUCAGCAGUCGAGAGCGCAAGUGUCCUGGGCUAGGUUCUGAAGCAAGGGAUUGUAAUGGCCCCAGAAAACAAUACAGAAUAUGUGAGAAUCCACCUUGUCCUGCAGGUUUGCCUGGAUUCAGAGACUGGCAAUGUCAGGCCUAUAGUGUUAGAGCUUCGUCCCCAAAGCAUGCACUGCAGUGGCAGGCUGUCCUCGAUGAAGAAAAACCAUGUGCCUUGUUUUGCUCUCCUGUUGGAAAGGAACAGUCUGUUCUUCUAUCAGAAAAGGUGAUGGAUGGAACUUCCUGUGGAUCUCAGGGAUUAGAUAUCUGUGCUAAUGGCAGGUGCCAGAAAGCUGGUUGUGAUGGUUUACUGGGGUCUCUUGCCAGGGAAGAUCAUUGUGGCGUAUGCAACGGCAAUGGAAAAUCAUGCAAAGUCAUUAAAGGUGACUUUAAUCACACCAGAGGGGCAGGUUAUGUGGAAGUGCUGGUGAUCCCUGCUGGAGCAAGAAGAAUCAAAGUUGUGGAGGAAAAGCCGGCACAUAGCUACUUAGCUCUUCGAGAUGCCGGCAAACAGUCGAUAAACAGUGACUGGAAGAUAGAACAUUCUGGAGCCUUCAACUUAGCUGGAACUACAGUUCAUUACAUAAGACGAGGCCUUUGGGAGAAGAUCUCUGCCAAAGGCCCUACAACCACACCUUUACAUCUCCUGGUACUCCUGUUUCAGGAUCAGAAUUACGGUCUUCACUAUGAAUAUACAGUUCCAUCAGACCCACUUCCAGACAACCAGAGCUCCAAGGAGCCAGAACCUCUCUUCAUGUGGACACAUGCAGGCUGGGAGGAUUGCAAUGCCACAUGUGGAGGAGUGUUGAGGUUUCAAGACUUAUUUUGCUGUGGAUUCGAUGUUGUUCCUAAUUUUUCCUUCUCCACUGACAGUCCUAACCCCAACAUAGGUUGUAUACUUCUAACAGAACACAGGAAUGGUUUGACAAGAAUUCGCAGAAGACAAUGGAUGAUGACAGAAUGGACCACGUGUUCACGAACGUGCGGGAAAGGCAUGCAGAGCAGACAAGUGGCCUGCACCCAGCAACUGAACAACGGGACGCUAAUUAGAGCCUGGGAGAGGGACUGCCUGGGGCCAAAGCCCGCGACUGCCCAGCGCUGUGAGGGCCAGGACUGCAUGACGGUGUGGGAGGCAGGAGUGUGGUCUGAGUGCUCAGUCAAGUGUGGCAAAGGCGUGCGGCACAGGACCGUGAGGUGCACUAACCCGAGAAAGAAGUGUGUCCUCUCCACCCGACCCAGGGAGGCGGAGGACUGUGAGGACUACUCGAAGUGCUAUGUGUGGCGAGUUGGUGACUGGUCUAAGUGCUCCAUCACCUGCGGCAAAGGGAUGCAAUCCCGUGUCAUCCAGUGCAUGCAUAAGAUCACAGGGAGACAUGGAAAUGAAUGCUUUUCCUCAGAGAAACCUGCAGCCUACCGGCCGUGCCACCUUCAGCCCUGCAAUGAGAAGAUAAAUGUAAACACAAUAACAUCACCAAGACUGGCUGCCCUGACCUUCAAGUGCCUGGGAGACCAGUGGCCAGUGUACUGCAGAGUGAUCCGGGAGAAGAACCUGUGCCAGGACAUGCGGUGGUACCAGCGCUGCUGUGAGACCUGCAGGGACUUCUAUGCCCAGAAGCUGCAACAGAAGAGUUGACCUCUGGCGGGCUGGCCAACUGGCUCGUAGCUUUUUGCUAUUACAUUAUUUAUAAAUACACACACACUAGCAUGUUUUUCAGACCAAAUAUUAUCAGAUUACAUAUAAUUUAAUCAAAUUAAUUUAUUUGCCUGCCAAACAUCUAAUGUGGUGUUUGUUUUUGGUUAUUCAAACAUUUUGAUUUUUUUUUACUAUAAGGGUUCAUAAAUAAUUUUAUUUGAAUUUAAUAAGUUAGGUCUAGUACACUAAUAAAAAGAAAUGAUCUUUUUUUUUUUCAUUUAGGGCUGUCUGAAAGGUGCUAUUUUCUCUCCACCAAUGCCAUUAAGUUAUCCAGUGUGUACACUACCUUGGCAUGAUAGCUUAGCUAUAUGUGCAGAAAAUGACCUAUUUUCUUGUGUCCUGCUGCAGAACCUGCCCAUUUUCUGUAAUCCGCAGGAGAUGUGUAAACAGAACAAACCUCACAGUCUUGAACAAUCUGAAGAGAAUGUAUUCUGAACUUGAUUCAGAUUUAGAGGCAAGUAUAGGAGACCGUCUACUGUAAUGAUACUUUUAUGCUAAUAGUGGAGAAGUCAAGACAGAGACUUGGAUCAUGUUCGCGAACAUGCACUUGAACACAAGUAUUGUGACCAUGAAGCACUGUAAAGAUGUACACUGAAUCACCGUUGCACUGUUGGUGUGGGUGCAGGGAAACUGUGACAGAAGUGGCAGCAUCCUACAAAAACCUGUCUUCUUUUAACAUGCCAUUAGAGUGUAGCUUUUUAACAACAUUUCCAAUAAAGAAAACGUUCCACCUACAUCCUUACACCCCGUAGAAGAUGUAUUGAUGAGCAGACUACUUAGGCUCACCAAUCAUGUGAGCAAAGGUAGUGAAUAUUUGUUCUUCUU